AACCCACUUUUGAACUUAAACAAGAAGGAUUGGAAUCAACUGAUGAUUGUACGACACCAUCUGAAAAACAAGAACUUUUUCUAUUUGCUGAUUCUAUACUGAAGUCCAAGCAGCUGUUGUAUCCGGUGUCUGCCCGAAAGCAUACAUUAGCCUUGAGAGUUGAACUAAAAAUAGUAUCAACUAUAGCCAAUGUUCCUACAACUUCGACAAAUGUAGCAAUAGCAGCUGGCACACAGGUCAUAAGCAUCAGAAAAUAA